AUGCCACUGCACCUCUCAAAGUACGCCUCUGUGGCAGACGAGCUGUCUGUCUGCGACGGUGUUCUGCUGAAAGGCACCCAGAUGGUCAUCCCAUCGUCCCUUCGACCGGCGGUCUUGACACAGUUGCACAAAGGUCAUCAGGGCAUCAACAGGAACAAAGCCCUAGCUCGGGAGUCAGUUUGGUGGCCUGGUAUCUCGGCAGACAUCGCCUCUCUAGCCACCAACUGGAAACAGUGCGCUCCCACCCGCGUGAACUUUGCCGAGCCCCUGCUCUCCACUGCCCUACCUGGACAUCCCUGGGAAUUCCUUGGAAUGGACUUGUUCCACCUCAACGGCCAAACGUUCAUCCUCGUGGUGGAAUAUUACUCAGGGUUCCCUGAGGUGGUGACCCUGAGGAGCACGACAGCUCAGGAAGUCAUCGACGCCCUCAAAUUCAUCUUUGCCCGCCAUGGAAUGCCGCAAGAAGUCAGGUCAGACAACGGCCCACCGUUCUCCUCGUAA